AUGGGAGUGUACGACGUGAUGACAGAAGAGCCGUCAGAUGCAACCAGAAAUCAACACUUUCUCUGCAAAGAGGGAAAUGCCGAGAAACCGAAAGAUCGUGACACCUCGUUGACGUCAUGGCGCGGACGCUGCUUAACGUCAAUGGUACCUUUCACGAUCUACUAUGGGGUGGUCAGCUUGGUGACGUCAGCGUUGGGGGCGUAUCUGACGUCACAAAUCACAACGAUAGAGAAGCAGUUCGGCUUAAGCAGCGCGCAGAGUGGGCUACUGCUCAGCAUGAACGAUAUCGGUUUCCUCAUUAUGGUCGUGUUUGUCUCUUACUUCGGCCGAAAUGCACAUAUCCCCAAGAUUUUGUCGCUCUGUUGUUUUCUAUAUGGUAUAUCCGCUCUGGUGUGCACGGUACCUCAUCUAGUCACUGAAAACUCCCUCGCAAUAACCGGAAGCGCUGAAGCACCUCAGAAUAUCAAUUCUCCGGAAGAAGGACAGCUGUGUUCGGCACCAAAUCUAUCUCAAAACAGAGACGAGUGUGAAAGCAAUCAAAGCAGUGCUAACUCAUUCGUUAAGAUCGUUGCCAUGACGCUCAUCUCCUUCGGAAUGCUUCUUCAAGGCGUGGUAAAAUCUCCGAGGUCACCGCUGGUGCAAACCUAUGUGGAUGACAACGUGUCACGAACCAGUUCCGGACUCUAUAUCAGCAUAAUCUUGGCAAUGGGAAUAUUUGGGCCAGCCCUGUCUUUUGGAAUUGGUGGAUAUAUCAGCAAGAUUUACGUCACACUGGAAGAGACGUCGUUGACUCCGCGCGACCCCCGAUGGGUUGGUGCUUGGUGGCUGGGAUUUCUUGAAUUUGGUAUUUUGGGGGUCAUCUUGGCUAUUCCUGUUUUCUUUUUCCCGAAGAGACUGUCGAACGCUCCCCCAAAGUAUCAGACAAUUUCCUCACCCCCGGAAGAAAAGCAGAAAGAAGGCCUUCUGUCAGCAAUAUGGAGACUGCUAAGACGACCUGUUUACGUUCUCGUCGUGUUUGGAUCUGGUUUGAGAGUCUUCACUUUUGCAGGUAUCGUCGCGUUUCAACCGAAAUAUUUGCAAGUGUAUUACGGCCUGUCCAUCUUCAAGGCUAACGUCAUUGUAGGAUUUAUGUCUGUCGGAUCAGCAGCUGUAGGGAUUAUCAUCGGUGGGAUUAUCAUCCAUAAGCUAGCACUGGAAAUCAGAGGCAUGUUGAAGAUGGUCAUCAUUACGCAGGCGGUUUCCAGCUUGCUGUUCACUGCGGGAAUAUUCCUCGUUUGUCCCCAGCCUGAAAUACACGACUUCGACCUCAACGGGUAA